CUGCUGCUCCUGCUCGCGGCCCGGCAUGGCGCUCUCCGGCGACCCCUGCUUCCAGAAGCUGGUCGAGUGGCACAAGGGCCACGCCGCGCAGCUGGUCCUGCGGCAGCUCUUCGAGGCCGACAAGGAGCGGUUCCGCAAGUUCAGCUUGACGCUGAAUACUGAACAUGGAGACAUCUUGGUUGACUAUUCCAAGAACCUUGUUACAGAAGAAGUGAUGAAGCUGCUGAUGGAACUGGCAAAAUCACGGGGCAUUGAAAAGGCCAGAGAACAGAUGUUCACAGGAGAAAAGAUCAACUUCACGGAGAACCGUGCUGUGCUCCAUGUUGCUCUGCGGAAUCGCUCAAAUACUCCCAUAUUAGUUGACGGCAAGGAUGUCGUCCCGGAAGUGAACAAAGUGUUGGAGAAGAUGAAGAACUUUUGCCAGAAAGUUCGCAGUGGUGACUGGAAAGGCUACUCCGGAAAAGCCAUCACUGAUGUGGUCAAUGUUGGGAUUGGUGGAUCGGACUUGGGCCCCCUCAUGGUGACGGAAGCUCUUAAGCCAUAUUCCACGGGAGGGCCCCGUGUGUGGUUUGUAUCCAACAUUGAUGGCACCCACAUGGCCAAAACUCUGGCUGAGCUAAAUCCAGAGACAACACUCUUCGUCGUUGCAUCCAAGACCUUUACCACUCAAGAAACUAUCACUAAUGCAGAAACGGCCAAAGAGUGGUUCCUUCACGCUGCUAAAGAUCCUUCUGCUGUAGCCAAGCACUUUGUUGCCCUGUCUACCAAUGGGCCUAAAGUUAAAGAGUUCGGAAUUGACACUCAGAACAUGUUCGAGUUUUGGGAUUGGGUUGGUGGCCGUUAUUCACUGUGGUCAGCCAUCGGCCUCUCCAUCGCUCUGCAUAUUGGUUUUGACAACUUUGAGAAACUGCUUGCUGGAGCCCACUGGAUGGACAACCACUUCCGCACCGCCCCCCUGGAGAAGAACGUGCCGGUGCUGCUGGCGAUGCUGGGGGUCUGGUAUAUCAACUGCUACAAGACAGAGACCCAUGCGCUUCUGCCCUACGACCAGUACAUGCACCGCUUUGCCGCUUACUUCCAGCAGGGAGACAUGGAAUCUAAUGGGAAAUACAUCACCAAGAACGGCACUCGCGUGAACUACAAUACUGGUCCGAUUGUGUGGGGCGAACCUGGAACCAAUGGGCAGCAUGCCUUCUAUCAGCUGAUUCAUCAAGGAACUCGCAUGAUCCCUUGUGACUUCCUCAUCCCAGUCCAGACGCAGCAUCCAAUCAGAAAUGGCCUGCAUCACAAGAUCCUUCUGGCCAACUUCCUUGCUCAGACUGAGGCCUUGAUGAAAGGGAAGACGACGGACGAGGCUCGCAAAGAGCUGCAGGCUUCUGGCCUGAGCGGAGAGGCUCUGGAGAAACUCCUUCCGCACAAGGUCUUUGAAGGAAACCGCCCAACCAAUUCCAUUGUGUUUACUAAACUUAACCCAUUCAUGCUUGGAGCCUUAAUUGCUAUGUAUGAACACAAGAUCUUUGUUCAAGGAGUUGUGUGGGAUAUUAACAGUUAUGACCAGUGGGGCGUUGAGCUUGGGAAGCAGCUGGCCAAGAAAAUCGAGCCUGAGCUGGAGUCUGACGCACCCGUGACCUCCCACGACGCUUCAACCAACGGGCUGAUCGGCUUCAUCAAGAAACACCGAGCCUGAGCCAGGCGCUGGAGGGCGCGCCAGGAGCCCAGCCGCCCAGCCCCCAGAUCGAUGUUGUAGUCGCUGCUUCCGUAGCCGCCUCUAACCGCACUCGCCAGUUCUGGCCUCUUUGUUGUUGACGGUUGUUCACCUUGUUGCGUUUUUAAGCCAUGUUGCAAAUGAGACCUUUUUUAUCUUGUGAGACCUGGAAAUUUUGUCUAGUGGCUGUUUGUGGCAGCUGACUUGUAAAACGUUGGGUACUGUGUCCCUCACUUCUCUUCCUCCCCCCCACUCCAGCACCUAUUUCCAGCUCCACUGUGUAACACCGCCAGAGGAAAGCUGCAUGACGGAGAGGGAAACGCUUUUCCACACUGUGUCUUGUGAAGCCAGUGCAAAGUUCGAGAACUCCACCUUUAGUUGUACAAGAUUAUACCAGAAUUCACUAAAAA